CGUCUUUUCGCCAGCGCCUUCCCCGGAUCGGUGAUUGGCCGGACCCACACUCGGCUGCCCCCGGCGACUUGGGCCGAGCCGCCCGCCCGUGUUUCCCGGGCCAAGAAGCUUCCCCUCCACCAAGCUCCCCUCGUCAGUGGCCCAACCCCCUCGCUUUUUCCCGAAGGAUCAAGUUCAGCCCGCCCGGAUGACGAUGGGGGCAAUCUGGUGACUUUCUCUGAGGUCAAGAAGAGGUUCUGGCGAAGAAACUUGGCCUUGUGUCGGAAAUCGGCAGGCGCCCAACCACGGCCACUUCCAAGCUUGCCUUUCCAAGCCUUUGGAGGCCCCUUCUCCGCUGGUGCUUUGGGAGGCCUUGCUGCUGGCAGUCAAGAAGCGUCGUCCCCUCGUAUCUCCAGCGAGUUCCACGACCACCCGAUAACACCCGUCCAACAGCGCCAGCGACGGACGCUUCCUCGCCGACAAGACACCGCAAGCCCCCGACCGGAAGACAGACCGCCCACUUCGUCUUCCCAGCGGACUCUCCGCCGAACCCCCCGCUUCUCUGCCAGUCCCAGUCCCAGUCCCAGUCCCAGCCCCCGCCACCCCGAUACUACACCACGCCGGGCCCACCUCGAAGCGGCCACUGUUGGCAUUAGCCCUCGGCCACUCUUCUCGACAGCUGGCGACCCUGCGCAAUCUGGACCGGCCGAGCAAAUCUUCCAUUCCUUUCGGCGGCAGCUCUCCCAGGAGCUGAGCGACGAUCCCGAAGAAGCGUCGACCGUUCUCCCGUCGUCGUUCAACCAAAAUAGCCAGCAAUACCCCUCUUCGACAAGACCCCAGCCUCACCCGGCUGUCCGGCUCUCCAAGCAUACCAAGAGUGCCAUCCUCUGGGCCCUCGAGGAAGCACUCCGAAAACCGCACCCUUUCUCCUCCGAUCCUGUUGAGGAGAACGCUUCGAUGGCGGAUCUUCUCGCCGGUAGCGGCGGCGGCCCGCCCACGACCAAUGGCCAUGUCACAUCCUCCCGGCCAACUGCACCUCCGGCUCAGACUGGAUCCCCGCAACAAGUGAUUCGUGGCCCUCGCAUGAUCAUGCGCGAGCGGGCAGAGCGCGAGGCCAGACAGCGAGCAGAGAGGGAGCAGAUGGAGCGAGCCCGUGCUGAAGAAGAGGCUCGCUUACUUGAAGAGACACAACGCCGGGCGGCUGAACAGAGGCCGCCCGUCGCUGGCGCUGCCCCAGGCGGCGAUAUACCCACCGAUCCGGCCACCCAACGCCGGCAACAGCGUGCCCAGGAGGCCCAAUCGGGCUCCCGAAUCCCAUCUGGCAUGUCUGCGUCUGCCAUGCAGCAUCAAUCGGCCACCGUACCACCUUUGCGCCCAACCAGAGUUCCGGCCACAGCACAACCACAACAAAGCUUCACCCCCGCGCCUCAGUCUGGCAUGAACACAUCGGCGCCUGCGCAGACGGGCGAGCCGUCAACCCAAGGCAUGGGCUCUGCCCGUAUUAAGAAUUCGUUCCCCCAUGCCUUCGAGCGCUGGGAAGCUCUCUCGGCGCACUGGGAGGGCAUGACGAGCUUCUGGCUGCGGAGACUCCAAGAAAACACGGACGAGGCCGAACGUAACCCGAUAAGCACGCAACUCUCUCGACAAGUUGCCGAUCUCUCGGCUGCUGGUGCCAAUCUCUUCCAUGCCGUGGUCGAGCUGCAGCGCCUCCGCGCUAGUUCCGAGCGCAAAUUCCAGAGGUGGUUCUUCGAGACCCGCUCAGAGUUGGAGCGGAACCAAGAGGUAAACGCAGUCCUCGAGACACAGAUGGAGCACGAGCGGCAAGCCAGAGCCGACGCCGUCCGGGUCGCUGCCCAGAACGACGCCGAGAAUAUGAAGCUCCAGAAGCUGGUGGGCGAGAUGCGACGGGAAUUGCUCAUUUCCAAGGAGGAAGCUCGCCGCGCUUGGGAGGAGCUCGGUCGCCGCGAACAAGAAGAACGCGACCGUACCGUUUCGCUUCAGCAGGGGCAGCCGACGAUCGUCGGCGGAGUGCAGGUCGUACCGAUGACCCAGACCAUACCAAGUCGCACCGCAAGUCGGCACACCCGAUCGACCAGCCAAGCUGCUGACACCUCCGACUACGUCGCCGCCCAAGGAAAUCAAUACCCAGUCUAUACCUCUGCCCCUCAGGCACCAUCUGCACCUGCCCCCGCCAAUCCCGUACCACAGUCGCCAGCUUCGGCCGGUGAGCAGAGUGGCAGAUACUACCAGCAGCCCGAGACCGGUGGCAAUGAUGAGGGCGAAUACGGCGGGGACUCCGAUGCAGGGUAUAGCGAAGGUGAAUAUAUGAUUGACGGGAGAGGGAAUUACCUGAGGGACGAACAAGGCAACAAAAUCCCGUUCCACAGCCCCUCCACGUCACCGAGCCGCGCAAGAAGAUCUGAUGCCGGCGCCGAGGAUUAUGAGACCCCCGUAUCGCAGGCGCCCACCAGCUACCCACCAUCCAGCUCACACUGGGCGGGCGCACAAGCAGGCGCGCAACCGGGCGCGCAACCAGGCACGGCCGAGUACGCCGGCCAGGGCUUUGCCGCGCCUGGCUGGGAGCAACUUCCCCGACACCACCACCCCACCAGGCUAAGCGAUGUGAUAGAGGAGGACGAGCGAAGCCGGACAUCGGUGAGCCACGUAAGCCGUGCCUGA